AUGACCUUCUUCUCGAGCAGGGACCUCCGGGGCGGGGCCUUGCCCCUGUCCUCCCACCCCCGGCCCGGCCGGACGCUGGGCUCCCUGCCGGGGGGCUUGUCCCCCCAACUGCCCCCGGUCCCGGGCGCGCCCCGGGGCCUGUCGCCACUCCGGCCCCCGGCGCAGCCGGAGGCGUGGGGUCGCCCCCUCUUCGACGACCGGGGUCCGGCCCGGGCCGGUGGCGCCAGGGCGGGACCCCGGGAGAGCGGUCAGCGGGACCCCGGAGGGCGGGGGGCGCCGGGGAAGGGCGGGGACCCCGGCGUCCGGAGGGGUGGGACCGGGGCGCAGAGAAGCCCCCAGACCCGUAAGGGCCCCCCCGAGCAGCCCCGGCUCCCGCUGAAGCCGCCCCCCAGGACCGGCCGGAGGACGGGCCACGACGGCCCGCGCCGGUCCAGGCGGCUCGGGGGGAUCCACGCCACGGGGGACCCCGAGGCCGGGGCGCCGGGCGGGCGGGGAAGGGCCGGGGACGGCCCGGGGGUCUCCUCGGAGGAGGCGGGGGGCCGGCCGGUCCCGCGGGGGCCCGGGCCUGGCUACCAACUCUGGACCAACCCCCUCUUCGCCCCCGAGCGCCCGGCGCCCCGCCACCCGGCCCACUUCUCCUCGCCUUGCUCCUCCCCGUCCUCGUCGUCCCUGGGGGGCGGUGAGCGGCCCCCCCGGGACCGGCUGGCCCCCGGCGCGGCGGGAGAAGAGGAGGAGGAGGAGGAGGAGGAGGAGCGGUCUCCAGGGGAGAUGGGCCGGGGGCGCGGGGGCUGGGGUUCCUCGGGCGACCUUCCCCACGCCCCCCGACUCCUCCGCUCCUCCCUGGGCAGCGGCAGCCCCGGCGGCUCCCCGGUGGAGGAGGACCGCGGGAGCUCCCCCGUGGAAGUGGUCCACCAGUGGCUCAGCAAGAUCCCCGCGGCGCCCCUGCCCCUCGGCUGGGAGCUGGGGGCGGGGGCCGCGCAGGCCCCGGGGGACGGAGAAGGGACCGAGCCCGAAGGGUCGACGGCCUGGGGGCCGCCCGUGGCCGCCCGUCCCAGUCCCGAGGUCCCCGCCUGGGCCGCCCCGGCUGGAUCGGGGACCCCCUGGGGCCCCGGGAAGACCCCGGACCGGCCCGACCCACCGGGGGCGGCGCGGUCCGGCCCCGGGGCGGGAGGCCCGGGCCGGGCCAGCAGCCUGCCCGAGGUGUCCCCGGCCAUGGGCAGAAAACUCCGGUGCUCCUUGCAGGCUCUGGUCACCUGCCUGGCCCAGCUCCGGCUCUUUGGCCCCGAGACCUCGGGCUCGGGCUCGGGCCCGGGCCUGGCCGCGGCCGGCUACCAGGAGCUGCUGGGCGCCCUGCAGGGGCUGGGGCUCGGGGGCCGCCUGGAGGGGGUGACCCCCCGGCGGGCCGAGCCCCCCAAGGCGCCCCGGGGAGACCCCUCACACCCGUCCACCAACGGGGAAGGGUCCCCGGUGUCGUCGUCGGGCGUGGACGUCCGCAGCGGGUCCGGCGGGUCCGGGGAAGGCAGCCUGGCUGGACGGCCGGACGGCCCCGGGGGGUGCGGGGAGACGGGGGGCUGCAGCCCCCCGAACCCCGACCCAGGGCCCGCCCCCAGCCAGGCCGAGGGAGGCGGGAACGGGCCCAGGUCGGGAAGGGGCCUUCGCCGGGGGCCGGAGGACGAGCAAGAGACCCUGGGCGGGGAGACUGAGGCCGCAGAGAUAGGAGACGGAGGCGGGGAAGAGAUCCAGGUAGCUGGAGACGAGGAGCCUGGAGACAGGAACAGUGGAGAGGGAGACAAGGACGAAAUGUCGGACCGAGAGACUGGAGGCGAAGAGGAGGAAGAGGCGCCGGACGAGGAGACUGGAGCUGGAGACCCAGGAGAGAGAGACAGGGAAGAGAUGCUGGACCAGGAAGCCGGAGCGGGACAGACAGGAGAAGGAGACAGGGAAGAGACGCCGGAUCAAGAGACAGGAGCCGUAGAGACAGGAGAGAGAGAUAGGGAACAGACGCUGGACCAAGAGACUGAAGGCCAGGAGUCCCCGGCCAAGGAGACCGGACGGGCAGGAGAGGGAGACGGGGAAGAGACGCUGGACCAGGAGGCUGGAACCGGGGAGACGGCAGAAGGUCAUAGGGAAGAGAGCCUGGACCGGGAGUCUGGAGUUGGACAGAUAGGAGAGGGAGACAGGGAAGAGGUGCCGGACCAAGAGACAAGAGCCGUGGAGACAGGAGAGGGAGAGAGGGAAGAGACGCUGGAUCAAGAGAGUGAAGGCCAGGAGUCCCCGGCCAAGGAGACCGGACGGGCAGGAGAGGGAGACGGGGAAGAGACGCUGGACCAGGAGGCUGGAACCGGGGAGACGGCAGAAGGUCAUAGGGAAGAGAGCCUGGACCGGGAGUCUGGAGCUGGACAGAUAGGAGAGGGAGACAGGGAAGAGAUGCCGGACCAAGAGACAAGAGCCGUGGAGACAGGAGAGGGAGAGAGGGAAGAGACGCUGGAUCAAGAGAGUGAAGGCCAGGAGUCCCCGGCCGGGGAGGCUGGAGCUGGACGGGCGGGAGAGGGAGAUAGGGACGAGAUGCUGGACCAAGAGACUGGAGCUGGGCAGACGGGAGAGGGAGACAGGGAAGAGAUGCGGGACCCAGAGGCCGCAGGCCAGGAAUCCCUGGCCGAGGAGACUGGAGCUGGACGGGCAGGAGAGGGAGAGAGGGAGGACACGCUGGACCAGGAAGCCGGACCCGGGGACAGUGGAGAGGGAGCCGGGGAAGAGGAAGGCAUUCCUCCGGGAGCCGUCCAGCGGAAGGAGCGAGCCCGGGCCCCGGACCUCGGCCGGACCCUGCGCCUGCUGCGCAAGGUGGAGAGGGAGUUGGUGGCGCGCCACGCCCGGGCCGCGGCCGACCGGGCGGCCCGCUGGGGUCCGGGCCCGGCCCGGCGACUGGCCGGGACGGUGGGCGAGCUGCGGCGCGACCUGAGCCGGAGGCUGCGGGCCGCCGUCCGCGGGGAGGUCCGCAAGCUCCGGGGCCGAGCGGGGAGGCCGGAGCCGCCGCCCGCCCCGCCCGUCGCCACCCCGCCCACCCUGCCCAUCCUCCCGGCCCCCGCCACCGUCCAGGCCUCGCCGCGGACGGAGCCGCGACGGGGGAGCCUCCGGAGCCCCGAGGAGGAGGAGGAGGAGGAGGAGGAAGAGCCGGACCUGGGAGGUCCCGGGGACCCUGGGGAGAGGGCAAGGGGCCAGUGCAGCUCCAGCAGUGGGGAGGAGGAAGGGCCCGGAGGAGGAGGAGGCCGUGGAAGGAGGCUCGAAGGGGAGGACAGUCCCGGGGACUCCUCCCAUGACAGCCUCUCCUUGCGGUCCAGCUCAGCCCGCAGCGUGGCCUCUCCCCCGGGCCCCGGCCCCCGCCCCCCCCUCUACUCCCGGACUCCCGGAGGAAGGGCCGGAGAGAAAGGGUCGGGGGGGGACGGGCGGGACCCCGGCCUCGGUGGGGCCGAGCCCGGUGGGGGUCCCGACCUCCGAAGCGCCACCUCCUCUUCCUCCUCCCGCCAAGGGGACGGAGUCCCUCCGGACCCCGGGUUCCACUCGACCGGCCCCCUUGCUGGGAUCGGGGAGCAGUCCCGGGGGAGCCCCCUCCCUGAAAAAGCAGCCGCUGUGUUUGACCAGGGCGAUUUGGACUUCUAG